AUGUCCGUCGCGCCCACCUUCCCUCCGCUCGACGCCCGUCCGUACAAGGACACCAUCUGUCUCUUCGAUGUCGACGGACCCCUGACUCCAGCUCGUCGGGAAGCUUCGCCCGAAACCCUCGCUCUCCUCGCCGCCCUCCGCCAGAAAUGCGCCAUUGGCUUCGUCGGCGGCUCCAACCUCGUCAAGCAGGAGGAGCAGCUCGGCAAGCCCGCCGGCGUCCCCGUCACGACCCUCUUUGACUUUUGCUUCUCCGAGAACGGCCUCACGGCGUACAAGCUCGGCCAGGAGCUCGAGUCGACCAGCUUCAUCCAAUGGCUCGGCGAGGACCGGUGGAAGGAGCUCGCCAACUUCUGCCUGCACUACAUUGCCGACCUGGACAUCCCCGUCAAGAGGGGCACCUUUAUCGAAUUCCGCAACGGCAUGGUGAACGUGAGCCCCGUGGGCAGGAACGCGUCGAACGAGGAGCGCCUGGCUUUCAACGAGUACGACAACGAGCACAAGGUCCGCGAGAAGUUUGUCGCGGUGCUCAAGGAGAAGUUUGGACAUUUUGGCUUGACCUUUGCCAUUGGCGGCCAGAUCUCCUUUGACGUAUUCCCAAACGGCUGGGACAAGACCUACUGCCUCCGCCACCUCGAGGCCGACGCGAAGAAGGGCGGCAUCGAAUACAAGACCAUCCACUUCUUCGGCGACAAGACGAGCCCUGGAGGAAAUGACUACGAGCUCUACGAGGACCCGCGCACCACGGGGCACACCGUGACCGACCCGCAGGAUACCAUUCGGCAGGUCAAGGAGAUCUUUACCGAUCUGUAA